GCGAGCAUGUCGUCUAACGAAGCGCUCAUCUUGCAUAUAUGGCCCGGCGCCUGGGGCCUGUCUUCACUCCAUCCUACAUGUUUGGCCGCGGUGCUUUACCUACAGCUCGCCGUCCCUGGCCGAUUCACCGUUGCCGAGUCCACCAAUCCCGACGCAUCUCCGAGCGGCGUAUUUCCAUACGUGACUCACGAUAAGCGGGUCGUAUCCUCUCUGGCGUUGAUCGUCAAGUACGUCUCCGCUUUGCCGGAGUCUUCGCUGCGAUCCAACGGGGAAGAUAAAGACGCAGACGCGUACAUACGACCCGACUUGGACAAGUCGCUCGUGAAUGGUGAAAAGGCCCGAAAAGUAGCUUGGUGUGCUCAUGUGGAAUCUCAACUAGGCGAUUUGGUGGCACACAUGCUCUUUUCCCUCAAUGCCAACUACUGGUCACUGACGCGACCUACGCUUGCGUCUCAGCUCCCCAUACCUCAACGGUACUACGUACCGAGUCGCAUCCGCGCAUCUUACCGACCGCGUCUGGAAGCUUCCGAACUGUGGGGUAUACCCGAGCCAGAGGAGAAAGAGUCGGAGACGCACGGGCUCUGGAGGAAGAAGAAAGAUUCCGAAGUCGAAGAAGAGGCCAAGGAAGCGAGAAAGCAUACUUUCAAGAAAGUAUUCGAACGAGAGAAAGUGCUCGAGAAGGCGAGAGCCACGCUGGAUAUAUACGUACGACUACUAGGUGAAAGGUCCUUCUUCUAUCAUAACCGUCCUACAACGCUCGACAUCACACUCGCUGCUCAUGUGCUCCUCCUGACCAAGCCGCCGUACCCGGACCCGCUACUCCAGAAUCUGCUUAACGACUCCUAUCCGACACUCGUCGCGCACGCGGAGCGAGUUCACUCGUAUUGCAUCCCGGAUGCUGCUGCGCUGCGCAUUGUGUCUGGCUCAUCUACGGGCUUGACGUCGCUCAUUCCGUUCUCGCACGGUGUCUUUGGUCAGGAUAGCAAUCGCGGUACCUGGCCGUGGACGGCGACAGUGGCAGCGGCUGCAGCCGCAGUAGCUUGGUUUAUCUUGCUAGGCCCACGACCUGUUCUGGCGGCCCGACCUGAUGAUGAGGAGAUCUAUGACGCCUUGGGCAAGGAGAUGGAUGAGCAGGUUGGAAAUGCAUGAGCUUGGAGCCUGGAGGUACUUACUCCCGAUUCACCGUGCUCUGACCCACGUCUGAAUAGUGCUUUUUUUCUUAUGCUAUGAUCAAUACUUCAAGCGCAUAGGAUUAUUGGGAUACUUAGUGCAAGUACUGUAAUUUUACGACCUUAGGUUCGGUCCGCCCCCGGGGGGAGACAGC